AUGGCAGCUUCUUUCAAACGGACAGAUGAAAGUUUGCAUCCAUAUGACGCACUCUUGAAUGACCAGGACUUUGACUCGAUAAUAUCUGAUGCGAAGUUCCCUGUUAAUACUAGAACCGAAUUCUACGACCCGAGUUUGACGAGUCGCAGAAAUGCCCUUGUCGGAGUGGCAUGCUCAACUAUCUUCAGCUGCUCAUGCAUCAUUGCAGGCAUUGUCACUUUAGCCAAUAACGGAGUCCGCGGAGCAACCGACGUGCUCGCACUGAAUGCGAGUGAUAAUCUGUUGGCCCUGCGGGGGGAGAUAUUGGCACUGGCGCUUAACUUAAUCAUCACGUUAUGCACCGAGUCUAUAGGCCUCGUACACGGUAUCUCGUUGCGCUCUGCGCUGGCCUCAGAGCCUCAACUUCAUUUCAACACUAAUCUGCGCCUUCUGACUGCAGCUCGUGGAUGGUGUAGCCCUAACGGCACCCUAUUUAAUGGUAUCUCGGCUGUCCUCCUCAUUAUAUCCUACAGCUCGGCUUCACUCAUCCUAUGUUUCGACUUCACAUCUGAUGAUCCUUCCAUCACCAACCCCAACUCCAUCGCCAUCGCAGGGAUACCUCUCCUCGUUCUAGGUGUCGCACUCCUUCUCCAGGCGAUGAUCGCAUUAUCAGCGAUACGGGCUGUCAAAAUAUUGACGUGGAGCUCCUCACCUUUCGACUUGACCGCCGCACUGGUCCACCACACGCAAUUGACCCAUGCUACUUCGCGGUGCAUGUGUUGUGUGUCUGACCUAGACACGGAUGUUGGUCCAGUGAAGCCACUAGAGAUACAGCCCUCUGCGUGGCAUGCUCACCCUAGCAUCCGGAAAGUUAUCAUUUCUCUUUGGGUGAUCGUUGCAGCAUGCGCUGGAUGGGCUACACUCGUCACGUAUAUCUCGGACCGGGCCAACAGUGGUCCUGGCUUCAUCCCGAUGACCCCACAUACGUGGUCGUUCUUACCCAACCAGUCGUCCAGUUACAUCUCGUAUCCUAUGCCGGGUGUCAAUCUUGAGGUGUGGAUUCUGCUCUUCUUCAACAUAGCAGUUGUACAGGGGCCCUUGACACUUGGGCUGCAUUGCUCGGAGCUCAUCGCGAAUGUCAUUCGAGACGAAAGACAGUGGAGAUGCGCUACAGGAAGGAAAGGACUUAGAACGGCAAUGAACCCAGUGAAGACAAUUUUCACUCAGCCGAUUUGUCUUGUACUUUUCGUUGCGAAGCCUUUCCUGCUGUCCGACGAGAAACUAGGAGGGUCGUAUGUAUACAUGAACACUGCCCAGAUCUGGAACUUAUGCAUAGCGCUGUUGAUAUUUGCCUGUUUCUUCACUUUCGUCGCGCUGCGCCGACCGCGUGGUCCCCAGCCGGCUGCAUACGGCCACCUCCAGACGCUCGCCGACCUCGUGGACGAGUGGUCGCCUGUGAUGUGGUGGGGACACAAGGAGGACGGAAUCCCGUACUGUCAUGCUGGGACGAGCGAUCACCCGCUGCCGGAUGUGAAGAUGGACUGCGUUUAUGCUGGUUCCGGUGUUGACUCUCUGGCACCCCUCUCGUGA